UUCAAAAACAAAGGGACAAAUUAGGUUCAAUUGAAAAAAAAAGGAAGUUACAAAUAUCUUUCCAGAACUUAGACGAAAAAGGGCAAGACCAAAAUAAAUGAAAAAUACUUUCAGGGUGCCCUUCACAAAAAAAGCAAUUCAAAUCUAAAUCUUUUUUAAAACGUUGAAGAAAAAUUUUAGUGGGGUAGAUUCUGUGAAUUAUUUUAAAAGAAAUUUCUUUGAUCUUAUUGUUGACUAUAUAUUUUGCUGGCAAAUUCCAAAUCUUCUCCCAAUUAAGGUUAUCAAUAAAAUUAUUCCAAUAAGCAAUGAUGUAGGGGGUUGAUACAACUUCUUUCUGAAACAGUGAACGUAUUUUUCGGUUAUUGGUGUGUUAUCAAGUUACAGAGCACAGAUCUGUCCUCCAUGUUGACUUGAUAAAGUGUGUGUUCCCCUUUAACACGUGCAGACGAUGACGCCACUCCCUGUUCAACAAGCAGGAAGUCGCUAGUCUCUCGUUGAACCCGUUUGGACGGAACGACUUUCUGAGCAAAUGUUUUCCUUGUAGCACAGGAUGCCUGUCGAAAGCCCAGAGGAGAGGACGUUGGAGGUGCUGGCGCUGCCUGCAGAAGUGGAUGAAGAGCUGCUCUUUCUGUACUUUGAGAAUAGGCGGCGCUCUGGUGGAGGUCCACUCGUCUCUGUGGAGAAGAAGGGGGACCGCGCCAUACUGGUCUUUGAAGAGGCAGAAGCUGCAGCCCAAGUGCUGUCUAAGGGGCACCACGUUCUGCAUAAUGUGGAGCUGAGUGUGAGAAAGCCUGCCUCAAAGGACCCAUGUAGGCUGCUGCUGCGGGGGAUCAACCCCAACACCAGCUCAGAGAUGAUAGAGCUCUACGUGGAGAACAUGAUGGGGCUCAACGAUCCUGACUACACUCUUUAUCCCUCACCGAGUAAAGAUCUCAUCCUCAUUCAGCUCGGCCAACCCCUCUCCAAAGAUUUCCAAAACCUCAGCGCUAAAGUCUCCAAGAGGAAACUUGACAGGGCCCAGGUAACUCUUGAACAGGCUGAGCAAACUGAGUCCAUCUUAGUGGAGAACCUGCACCCUGGCACCACUCCAGACCAGCUCACUUUGCACUUUGAGUGCAAGCGAGGUGGGAAUCAGAAGGUGAAGGAGGUCACGGUGCUUUCAGAGGGUACCGCCAAGGUGUCCUUUGUCAAUUUUGAAUCUGUGGACAUCGUCCUGGCUCAGCCGCACAAACUGGACGGGACUGAUCUUGUUGUGACGCCGUACUUCGACUUCCUUCAACCCGCAGUAACACCACAAGACUCUGGAGCUGGAAGCCAAGCUAUAACGGAGAGAAAUUCUGAGGAUGUUGUGAUGCAGACCAGUUCUCCCACGGUGGUCAAUGCAAACAACCAGUUGUCCUCUCCGACAGCCUCAAAACCUCCUGCUGCCCCUCUAGCGGCAGAGCCCGCGGCAGAGGAAGCCAUGGAUCAUACGGAGGAGGAAGUGACGCUAUCGAGUCACGUUGCUAUCGAUGACCCAGUAAAACUUUCUUUGUUCCAGCUUAGCACCUUUAAAAAAGACAAUGAAAAGGCUCAUCCAAAUUUGACCAUCCAAAUCAAAGACGAUGGCGUUCACAUUGCAGGGACCGACGCACGAAGAGUUGAGCAGAUAAAACACGCCACCUUGGACUAUUUCGGCAAAAUGGCUGAGAUUCAUUUCUACCUGGAGCCAGAAAAGGCUCAGCUCCUUGCUAGAAGAGAAGUGAAUGCGCAGCUGGUGCAAACCAUGAGUCAAACUGGGUCACCUGCAGUGUACACUGUGUCAGACUGUAAAGUUGUGGUUACCUCCCUAUCCCAUAACUGUGCUAACCAGGCUUCUAGCUUUUUGAAAUCCCAGAUAUGUCAAUUCAGCAUGCCGGUGGACACGGAGUAUGAGAGCAUGUUAUAUUGCAGAGAGUGGUCAGAGUUCCUGCAGGCCCUGGGUUUCUCUUCUGUAAAGGUGUCAGAACGAGGAGGGAAUAUCGAUGUGUUCACUCUGAAUGGGAUGGAGGAGGAGAAGCAGACUGCAAUCAUGGAGUUUCUUACAACACCCAUUGAAAGGGAGACGGUGAUCAAGAUGGAGCCAGGCAUGCUGAAAUACAUCCAGAUCUAUAGUCAUCAGCUGUUGGCUGACAUGGACCAAGUGUCUAUUUUCCCACUAGAAGCAGGGGACGUUUGUGGGCUAAAGAUCCAUGGCCACGCUACUGCCUGUCAAAUGGCUGAGGAGGUGUUGCAGGGUGUGGUGUCAUCUAUCUGCACCAGAACCAUCACAGUAAACGCUCCGGGAGUGACCCGCUUUUUAGCAGACGACGAGUGUCCGGGCAUCCUGAAGGAGAUGGAGAAAAAGUUUCAGGUCUACAUCAGCACAAAGCACGAGCCCUGGGUCUACGUGGAUUACGCGGACAUUUUUAAGAUUGGAUUCUCGAUGAUGUCCAGCAGAAACUUGAGGAGAACGUUGGAAGAGUCACCACAGGAGCUAAAAUGUGAUUCAGGGCAAACUAAUCAUAAUGGAGCUCAACCAGGCAAUGGUCUUUUAGAGGAAGCAAAGAGAAUCGUCUCAGUUGUCGAUGGAGGACAAGAGUCAGGUGGGUCCAAUUCAGACCAACUUGAUGACAUGGAUGAUUUGGACCUAUAUACAGCACAGGAACCGACCAGCCUGACAGACCAGGACUCCUCUGGAACAGUUGUAGAGGCUUCACAGCCAGCAGCUAAAGGGAAUGCCACAAGUGACUUACUUGGGCUGAGUGAUGGAGCCUCUGGCCUUUCUAGCAACCUUGAAGAAGAAGCCCAGCUAUCACUAGCCAUCCAGUACUCUAUGGAAUCAAGCCAUUGGUCCCUGGAAGAUGAAGAGGAACAGCUGCAGAAAGCCUUGGAGCUGUCUAAGAAUAUGAUCCAACAUGAAGCCUCUUCGAGUGUUCCCGAGAAGAGCCCCCAGGUAGCCCAGCUGAAGAAGGUGGAGGUUUUGGAGGACGCCAUCAAGGCAGCCAGCACCCUACAGUUAGUUGUGUUUGCAGGUUAUAGCUGUGACCUGAUCCGGGUUGACAUAGCCUUCGGCAAGAAGGUCGCCCAAAGACAGGUGGAGGAAAAAGUGGAGAGCAGAUGUGUAAGGAACUUUUCAGACAUCCACAGGAAGUGUCUGGAGGUGAUCAAGAGGAAGCACGGGGUGGAGAUUACAGUCCAGGGCACCAUAAUCACUGUUUCUGGUUUCAAGAAAUAUGUGUACGGAGGAUUGCAUGAUACAAAGCUGCUGCUGGAGAAAAUCUCAGAGUCAGCAUCCGACCAGGAAAUCCUGAGAACUGUCCGGUGGGUGUAUCAUGACCCUGCGUCUUCAGCCACAACUCCUUAUUCACCCGAAGCUAGCGUGUACAUUGAGAACGCUAUGAGGUUGAAGCUGGAGAAGGUUGAUAUCAUGUUGGACAAUCAGCCCCACGUCAUCGACUUUGAGAAGAUGCAAGAGGUCAACAAAGCUUCAGGGAAAUCUGUGAAAAUCUCCAGGAAGUUGCCUGAUUUAGGGGAUUCAGAUCAGGAUGUACCAGAGGAGGAAUAUUCUUUGCUGUCAAACCUGCCCGAAGCAAGCAAAGUGGACGAGGAAUCUGAUGAAUUUCAGAAAGUGGUCAAGAGUUUCUACGAGACCAUACAGGAAUACCACAGCAAAAUCCGAAUCAUACAGGUGGAGAAGCUCAUGAACCGACUGCUGUACAAUCAGUACAAGUUGAAGAAGGGGAGCGUGCUGCAGCGCGCCACAUAUCCUGAGAUUGAACGCACUCUCUAUCACGGCACAAGUGAGACAAGCGUGAAGGAGAUCUGCGUUCAUGGAUUCAACAGAAGCUUCUGUGGAAAGAAUGCCACCGUCUACGGUCAGGGGGUGUAUUUCGCCGUCAACUCUGCGCUGUCUGUCCAGGAUCAGUAUUCACCCCCAAACCCAGACGGAUACAAAUAUAUUUUUGUGUCAAAGGUUCUAACAGGAGACUACACAAAAGGCGACCACGGGAUGAAGACGGCCCCGCUGAAAGAGACGGGCGAUAUUCCCCUCAGAUACGACAGCGUGACUGAUGACAUCACCAAGCCGACGAUGUUUGUCAUCUUCAACGAUACGCAGGCUUUUCCCGAGUAUCUCAUUACAUGCCAGAGAAUCACACGCUGAAGAAAAUGCAUUAGUCGUCACACAACAAUCAUAAAUGUGGAGAAAAAGACUCCUUUUUGUUUUCGUGUUUCUACUUUGGUUUAAAAACUGCAUUUGAUUUUUUUUAUAAAGGGCUAAUUUUUAUUUUAGUUAAAGUGUACAGUUCUUUCCAUGAUUACUUUCGUGUUUGCUCAGUUUUCGUUCUUUAAUCAAGUCUGAUCAAGAGAAACUCAAACAGCUGAACCCAGAAAGCUCAUUUUUCAUGGAGUAGCAUGCCCUUUUAGAACAAUAAGACUCAUUGUACUCUUUAAAUAGGUGUGACUCAGCACUUAUUGCAUGACAUUUCACUUGUAAUAGUGAAUUCGGUACCACACGCCCCUGUCAUUAUUCUCCUCCUUUAACUCGCCAGCGUGUAUUUAUGGUUUUGAAAAUAACCAUAUAUAAUCUGCUGCACAUUCUUCUUGAUUUUCCAUAAUACAGAUAAUAGUAUUAAUGUUAUAGUGUUAUGAUUUGUAGUUCUUUAUCCUGCGGACACUUCUAGACACACAGUCUAAUUUUAAACUGAAGAGUUUAACUCACACUACUUUUCCCUUGAAUAUAAUCUGUAUAGAUAU